AUGACAACUAUAAAAUCAUUCUGUAAAGAGACAAUUGAAAAUUGUGAAAAAACCACUCUUGCCUGUUGCCUGUUUUUGGGACUUUUCUUGGCCUACGCCUCCGCCUAUAAUGGCCAGGAUAUCUAUGCCGAGCCCAACUGCGCCAUUGUUACCGAUCAUGACCGUAAAUUCCGUGACAUAUCCGAUCCAACUCACUACUGGGUGUGCUAUGAGGGCAAGGAGAAGGCCGACUAUGUGCAGUGUCCCGAUAACUAUGCCUUCAUGGAGAAUCUCCAGCUCUGCGUUGUAUGGGAGGAAUGGAAGUGGAUUGAACCUUACACCAAAUAAACAGUGCAGUGGCUGACCUUUUAACCUAUGUCCUGCAUAGAAAAGCGU